AUGGAAAUUGAGGUGGGCGAACGAGAACCCGCAUCUGGCAGCGGGCGUUGCAAAAGUUUUAUUGCCAAUCAUUGGAAGGGUUUGGUUGUAUUCCUCAUACCCUUGCUAUGUUUACCUGUGAUGUUAUUGAAUAAUACUCCUCCCUACCGUUGCAUGUACCUUUUAAUUGUUAUGGCCAUCUUUUGGGUCACAGAAGCUUUACCCCUGUAUGUUACAUCAAUGUUGCCUAUUAUUGCAUUCCCGAUUAUGGGUAUUAUGAGCUCCGAUGAGACGUGUAAAUUAUAUUUCAAAGAUACGCUGGUCAUGUUUAUGGGCGGUAUUAUGGUCGCCUUGGUCAUUGAAUAUUGUAAUUUACACAAACGUUUAGCGCUGCGCGUAAUCCAAAUUGUGGGCUGCAGUCCCCGAAGAUUACAUUUCGGUUUGAUUUUCGUCACCAUGUUCUUGUCCAUGUGGAUUUCGAAUGCCGCCUGUACAGCUAUGAUGUGUCCGAUUAUUCAGGCCGUAUUGGAGGAAUUGCAGGCACAAGGCUUGUGCAAAAUGACCACCGAACCGGAAUACAAGAUUGUUGGUGCCAACAACAAGAAGGCCAAUGAAGAAGAACCCCCCUAUCCCUCCAAGGUCACCUUGUGCUACUAUUUGGGUAUUGCCUAUGCCUCAUCCAUGGGCGGUUGCGGCACUGUCAUUGGUACUGCCACCAAUUUGACAUUUAAGGGCCUGUACGAAACUCGUUUCCCCAAUUCCGCCGAAACUCUCGAUUUCCCCACCUUUAUGUUCUACUCGGUGCCCUCUAUGUUGGUCUAUACCGGUUUGAUGUUUGUUUGGUUGCAAUAUCAUUUCAUGGGCUUGUUCCGUCCCAAGAGUAAAGAAGCCGAGGAGGUUAAGCUGGGUCAACAGGGUGCCGGUGUUGCCAAGAAAAUUAUCGAUCAACGUUACAAGGAAUUGGGACCCAUGUCCAUUCAUGAAAUUCAAGUUAUGGUCCUGUUCAUUAUUAUGGUCGUCAUGUAUUUCACCCGUAAACCUGGUAUUUUCCCCGGCUGGGCUGAUUGGUUGGACACGGUGCCCAUUAAGAAUUCUAUGCCCACCAUUUUCGUUGUUGUAAUGUGUUUCAUCCUGCCCGCCAAUUAUGCUUUCUUGCGCUACUGCUGCAAUCGCAGCAAACAACCCUUGCCCACGGCGACCACCCCUUCAUUGAUCACCUGGAAAUUUAUUCAAUCGCGCGUUCCAUGGGGUUUGAUUUUCUUGUUGGGUGGGGGUUUCGCCUUGGCUGAGGGUAGCAAACGUUCCGAUAUGGCUAAGUUGAUUGGUCAAGCUCUAGUUGGUUUGAAAUCAUUGCCACAUGCUGUCCUGUUGUUGGUCAUAAUUUUGGUGGCGGUCUUCUUGACGGCAUUCAGUUCGAAUGUGGCUAUUGCCAAUAUUAUGGUACCUGUUUUGGCGGAGAUGGCCCUUGCCAUUGAAAUCCAUCCUCUGUACUUAAUCUUGCCCGCUGGCUUGGCCUGCAGUAUGGCCUUCCAUUUACCUGUUAGUACGCCGCCGAAUGCUCUGGUGGCGGGUUAUGCAAAUAUUCGCACAAAGGAUAUGGCCAUUGCUGGUAUUGGACCCACCAUCAUUAGUAUUGUUGUCUUGUUCGUAUUCUGUCAGACAUGGGGCGCCGUUGUCUAUCCCUCGUUGACUACCUUCCCCGAUUGGGCACGUGAAAUUGCGGUCAAUGCCACAUCUUAG